AUGCCCAACACUUCAGUCUCCUCACCAAACAUCUUUCGACGAUGUGUCAAUACGCCUGCCGACAGCGGCGGGAUUCGCAACACUACGCCUUCCAGUUCCAAGCCUACCAAAGAUGCAGGCAUGAGACCAGCGCACGUCGACGACGAUAGGGGCUACUUGACCUUUACGCGUGCUUCACUGUUCAAGCUGACGCUACCGCUAGCUCCACCUUCUGAUGAUCCCAAGUCGCCCACCUCGAAGGCUUCCUCAGCGGCAGCACGCGCUCAACGGCGACAGGCAGAGCAAGGCAAUGGGGAGGAAGAGCCAAAGCAGCACUUGCAGCCUGCGAAAGAUAGUGUGAGGUCGUGGGAAAGGAGAGUCGAGGACGGAGAGACAGUAUCGCAAGUGUAUGAUGAUCAGAAAGCGGACGGCAAGACGAAGGCGGACCGCGCACAAGAGGUGGAGGAUAUGAUGACUGAUCGUGCAGAGCUGGAAUUCGACGCGCAUGCUCCCGCGCAUUCCGUGGUGUUCCUUCUUCAUGGGCGAGUCGCUUUGUCGCAAAGCUGAACUCUCAUUCUUUAGAGUCCACUGACCCUCGUCGCACGCCGCCGCAGAGGCCAGCCGUUGUCAUACGUCUCGAGCUUGAUACGCUCCGAGGGCCCAUCGGCACGGCCAUUGCCCUCGCACACUCACGGAGACCACCCUCCUGGCACACCGCCUGAUGACACGCUGGAUAGCCGCUUGCCCGCGAUCACGUUUCACACUCGGCGAUCUGAGCUCAAGAGGUGGUCGCCUGCUACGGGUUUCAAUGACUACGUUCGCGAGGCUGCACGACUUGGGAGCUUCACGAUUCGCAUCGGCGAGCGAGAGAUCGAGGUGCGGCGUGCAUGCGUUGGGGUAGUCUGCCCGUUGAGCAUUGACUGACUUCCGGUCUGUUCUCAGGUCAACGUCCCUUCAUUCGAGGAUCGCACCCGCUUUCUGCGCUCGCGAUUGUACGCGUGCACGGAUGAGAUCGAGAGGCUCAGAGUGCUCAAGGUUGAAUGCGAUAAGUUAGCCCAGGUCGGAACGAAGCGCUUUGCGUUCGCUGGAGCCGGGGUGCUAGCUACUUGGUGGGUUACAGUCAGCUACUUCACCUUCUUCACCGAGUAUGGCUGGGAUGUGAUGGAGCCCGCUACAUAUCUCGUGUGAGCAUGCUGUGCUUCAUAACACAAGUCCGGAUUGCAUUGCUGAUCCCUUCCUGUGGCAUGCAGCGGUUUGGGAACCUUGAUGGGAGGUUAUGUUUGGGUAAGCCUUUGGUGUUGGGAAGACUGGAUCCGCAUGAGGCUUGCUGACGCAACUUUACGCUGUUCCACCGUAUGUUGUGGCUUAGUUCUUGCUUCACAAUCGCGAGGUGAGCUCCGUGACGGCCACAAGGCUCCUUCUCUCGUAAGCUGAUCGUGCGGAUCCUCUCACCUGCAGGUAUCCUACCGCGCCGUGCUGAAUGAGACGACGAGGUGAGCAACUGCCAGAGGAGCUUCAGAAGACAGCUUCAGCCUCUAAAUGUUUUGCCGAACUUCGCAGUCGUCGCCAGCAAAUGCUUUACGAGCAGCGGGGACUGAACGUAGUGCGUUACGAAGAGCUGAUUGACGAAGCAAAGUCGCUGCGUUCACAAAUCAAACGUGUUGCCGAAGAUGUAAGCCACAGCCUUCGAGCCGGAUCUCCCCCGACGCGUCUCAGCUGACGACUCGCUUCACACCUUAGUACGGUCUGGAAUGGGAUCAGGGAGAGACAGUGUCCGGUCAGAAAGCGAAAAGGGCUUUGGACGUGGUCAGGCGACGCGAAGCGGCAGAUGAGAAAGGUGGUCGUUCCGUAAGUUCAAGGGUACAGCUCCUCCACUGA